UAAGAUGAAUGUGGUUACGCGAAACGUGGACUUGUGAGCUUCUAUGUACUUCCUGUAUUCUUUGCUUAUAUCGUGUUGUCAAUUUCUAUAGAUUCAUUUUACGUUUUUUCUGUAGUUCUAUUAUUAAAUUUAGUUAUUCGAUUUAAAAAUGUCUUCGGAGGAUGAAAAUGACGAAUUAAUAGAUUUAGAAGAGAUACGCGAUAAAAUGUUAAGUCAACCGCGUUACGAUCGUAUGCAAGUUAGUGCCUGGGAAGACGACGAUGACGGUGUAGAAGCUGAGCGUAAUGCAAAAGAGCCGGAUGAAAAAGCAAUUUUAAGUGCCGCUGAAAAUGGUGAUAAAGAUAAGGUUAACUUAUUAUUGAUAAAAGAUCCUAACUUAGUGGAAUGUAGAGAUAAGGAUGGAUAUAGGCCACUUCAUAGAGCGUGUUAUGGAAAUCACGUGGAAAUUGUUAAGCAUCUCCUUAAAGCGGGUGCAAAAAUAGAUUCAAAGACUAUGGAUGGAUGGCAACCCUUACAUUCUGCUUGUUGUUGGAACAACGUUGAAUGUGCUGCCAUUCUAAUUGCUAACGGAGCGGAUAUUAAUGCAAAAAGCAAAGGAGAUCAAACCCCUUUACAUUUAGUGUCAGCGAGUUCUCAUAAUUCUUCUGCUUUACAGCUUCUUCUUUUAAAUCCUGAUACAAAUCCCUUGAUAGUAAAUUCAAGCGGUAAUACCCCCGAGCAAAUUGCUAAAAGAACUGGUAAAUAUUAUCCAAUUUUCGAAAUAAUCGAACCGUAUUUAAAUGAAAUUUAAAACAAAGUUAUAUAUUUAGACUUAUAUUACAUUAUAAAUUUAUUAAGCAUUUAUGUACAUGUGUAUAAAAUUUAUAACUAUUAAUGUUAAUACAAAUAUUACGAUCGUGUAUUUAUAAAUAUAAGUUAUUGUAAUAUUAUGGACAAGAAUAAUAUAUAAAUUUUAAAUCUUUAGCUUUUAA